CUGAGAGUCUGAGUCAGUAGACUGUAGUCUCCACACAGUGUCGUGUUCCCAAAGCACAAUAGCUCCACACGGUUUCACGCCGCUCCUAGUCCUAGACCAGAAGAAUUUGAACGAACGAGUCCUGAUUCUGCGUUUGCUUCUUCUUCUUCAUCUUCUAGACCUGAUCGCGGAUUUCACAGAAGGCUGUGCAUUUAGCUUGUCGCCAUGUCUGCCAGCAAGAAGACUGCUUCUCGUUUGAACGAUCUUCCAGAGAGUUUGAUUUGCCGGAUUUUGUCUUUCUUGCCAAUAGAAGUUGCUGCAACUACUUCUGUUCUCUCAAAAAGCUGGCGCUUUGUGUUUGCUUUUGCACCAGACCUAUCAUUUAGAUAUGACGAAGGUGCUGACGGGUUGGCGUUUGUUGAUUUUGUUGAUAAAGUGCUGGUUCGGCGAGGACAAGCUUUGGUAAAGAAGUUCUCUCUGUAUCUUGUUGAAGGCAUUGAUGGAUCUCGUGUUGAUGCUUGGAUACUCUAUUCUUUGAGACGCCAUGUGUCAGAUCUUGAGAUACAGAUAUUUAAUCUGGAUAAUUGGUUUGGACCACCUUCAGAUGUCUUUGUGGCUAAGACACUAGUUAGGCUGGUAAUAGGCACUGGGGAUAGUUGCAUGAUUAAUUUGGAAGGUAAUUGUGAUCUCCCAAAUCUGAAGAUUCUUCGUCUUGAUGAAGUUCAGUUUACAGAUGAUAAUAUUGGGUUUUUGAAGCUUCUCUCAAGUUGCCCUGCUCUUGAGGAGUUAGCUAUGGUGGACAUGAAGUGGUAUGACUGGGAUGUCUGCUCUCUGUGUAGCACAAGUCUCCAGAGAAUCAAGGUUUGCUGGGAAUCUUAUGAUGACGACGAAGACCAUAACGGAUGCCCCAAGAGCGUGUCAUUUGACACUCCAAAUCUUCGGUUGUUAGAAUAUUCAGACGAUAAUGCUAACAAGUGUCCAACAGUCAACUUUGACAAGCUUGUUGGAGCCAAGAUUCAUCUUCGCAGAAAAGCAGAACAAGAAGAAGAAGAAGAAGAGGAGGAAGAAGAAGAGAAUGUAGCUGGUGAUGCUACAGGUUUUUGGAAGGGAAUCAGCAACGUUGAGAUCCUUGUCCUAACGUCAGAAACUCUAGAGGUGCUUACAGAGGAUCAUAUGCCGGUUUUCAAAAACCUCAGUCAACUAACAAUGAAAACUGGCCCAGAACUAAGAUGGGAAUCGCUGUCAGCUUUAAUCAACAACUGCCCAAAUCUAGGAACACUGUUCCUCAAAGUAACUGAUCAUAAUUCCUGGCGUCAAAGUGGACCUCUGCUGAAGGUAAACAAGAGAUUUGAAUGUGGAGGAGCUGAUGAAGAUAAAAAGACACUAAUCGAGCAAGUGAAACAGUUUUUGGAGGAAAUUAACUUUGAAGAAUAGGUACAAUAGCACGAUACAUGAUCAGGACUUGUUGAAGAAGUUACUCACUCAAGUGAUCAACCUUGGAUGUCAAAGCAACUCCAUAGUUUUCAUUUGAGUCGUUUGGUUUUCGAAGCCAUUUAAGUAGUAGAAUCUGUUAUAUAAGCUAGAACUGAAACACCUUUCUCAUUUAUAUAAGUUUUCUGUGUCAGUGUGUAUCAAACGAGAACGUUGGAAGAACUGGUCGUUGGAGUAUUAAGUAUAUGAUUAAGGAAAUCAUUAUAUGCUGAA